UUCGACAAAACAGGUUUUAUUCAAAUUCGUGAUAUGCAUGUGCCUAGGUGUUAUUUUUGUUAUUAUUCUGUUCUGUGUUGUACCACUUACAUCAAUGGCAAUUGAUUACAACAAAUUUGGAUGUACAGAUUUGAAGUUGCCAUACUAUGUGCGAUAUUUUUAUGAUCCAUAUUCUAUGCCUUGCUGGCCAGGCGAGUACAUACAUCAGGUUGGAUGCUCGGUCAUCGUGUGCGUGAAUAUUUUCGGCGCAGAUGCACUUCUGUAUGCAUUCUGUUUAUAUUUACGAAUGCAUUUUGAAAUAUUAUCCAUCGAUUUCGAAAGAUUAACAGAUAGCAAGGAGGACCUACGAGAAUUAGUAUUGAGACACCAAGAACUAAUUGAAUUAGUCAAUGAAGUACAAAAAAUAUAUUCAACAUCUAUGCUAUUUAAUAUAAUAAUUAGUUCGUUUACGAUAUGUUUCUGUGGAUUUAACAUUACGGUUAUCAAAGAUGUGGGUACUUCAUUCGCAUUCUUAAAUUUCCUAUUAAUGAGUUUGUAUCAAAUUUUUAUGUUAUGUUUUUUCGGUGACAUAAUAAGCGUUUCGAGCACAAGAAUUGGUGAUGCGAUUUAUAAAAGCAAGUGGUACGAGGCCAAACCAGCAUUUAAAAGGAGUUUAUUUAUUAUAAUUAUGCGGUCCCAAAAACCAUGUACGCUGACGGCAGCCAAAUUUGCAACUAUGAAUCUGAGAGCUUUCACAACGAUUCUCAGCCGCUCCUGGUCAUACUUUGCUCUUCUCAGAACUAUGUACAAUUAA